UCUUGCAUUGUGUCUUUAGGGAUGAUGUUGAAAUCCCUAACCUAAAAUUUCCCUCCCUGAUGGCUUCACCGGAGCUUGGGUUGAGACUGCUCCUUUCACCCGUUACUUCCGACCUUCUUCUCCGCACAGCAUGCUGUUCUAUAGGGCUUGCGCUUCCCGUAUAUUCCACGUUUAAAGCUAUUGAGAACAAUGACCCAUAUGAGCAACAAAGGUGCCUAUUGUAUUGGGCAGCUUAUGGAUCUUUUAGUGCUGCAGAAAUGUUUGCUGAAAAAUUACUUUCCUGGAUUCCACUCUAUUAUCACAUGAAGUUUGCAUUUCUUGUUUGGCUACAGCUUCCCACUCUUGAUGGUGCAAGACAACUGUAUUCUAGUCACUUGCGUCCAUUCCUGUUGAAGCAUCAAGCUAGAAUGGAUCUGAUUGUUGAAUUUGUGUAUGGUGCAAUGAGUAAAAUUAUUAGUGCAUACCAACCAGAAUUAGAGUUUGCAAGAACUCUUGCAGUGAAAUUUUUAAUGACAGCCACUCAGAUGGUUAGGAAUCUCAUUCAUCCAGUUGGGAGGGAGUCAAAUGGCAUUGAACCCCAAAAGAGGCAGGUUUCAGAAUCAGAAGAAGAUUAAUACAUGUUUUUUUUUCUCAUUACAACAAUAAAGUCUUAUCCAACUAAGUGAGAUCAAUUACAUGGAUCACAUGACGUCAUUUGACAUAGUUAAUUAUUGGACAAAAUUAGGUUGGCUAGUUUUUAAUGAAUGAAUGUAAUGAUUUGCACGUGGUGCGGAGUUUUAAUUAUUAGUUCUACUAAAGUUUCUAGUUUUGUUUAUAUUCUUGAUUUCCUCUCGCUAUACAUAGGAAAUAGACAUAUUUGAUGUAAAUACUAAUUUUCCUAGCAGUUGUCUUGGGAGUAUAGUAUUAUAGUACAUAGUUAGGACCACGUUUAUGCUUACUGACCUGUAAGCAUCGAACAACCAUAUGAUUAUAAUUUAUGCAUUUUAUGGUGGUGAUUUUCGACAAA